AUGUCAAUGAAAUUAAAGAUUAAGGCAUUUUUCAGUAAAUCAAGACAAUAUGUUGUUUCGGGGGCAUCAAAUAAUCCAAGCAAAUUUGGAUUUAAGAUCCUACUGUGGUAUAUUACACACGAUUUACCUGUAAUUCCAGUCAAUCCCAAGUCGCAAGAGAUUUUGGGCCAGACAGUUGUACCGAAAUUAUCUGAUAUAGUAGAGGCAGCAGUAAAGGGUCAGGAUAUCAAUGGCUAUAAACUAGAGGGAAAGGAUGGACUCAGUGUAUCUUUUUUGACACCACCUAACGUAACCUCUACUACAUUAAAAGAGAUAGCCACGGUUAGAGGCUACAAGAAUAUAAUUAAAGGAUUAUGGUUUCAGCCAGGUAGUUACGAUGCUGAUGUAUUGGAAGUCGCGGAAGCAAUCGGACUCUUUGAUAAAGUAGUUUAUGAAGAUGAGUGUAUAUUAGUUAGAGGGGAGGAAGGAUUGUACAGCGCCAACCUUUGA